GCCGGACUCGGGGACCAUCAGUUCGCACGCGACCAGGCUCCCCGUUUCCCCGCUUCAGGCCUGUUCAUUCGUUGAUGGUUUGAGACAGUGUCUGUCCACAUAGCCCUGCCUAUCCUGGGCUGUACUCGCAGAGGUCUGCAUGCCUCUGCCCUCAGAGAGCUGGCAUUCAAGGCGAGCGCCUUCACACCUCGCUGCCAUUACUUUUUAACCCUAAAAUAAUUUCUUCAGCGCCUAGGUAGCAAAAUGGGGGGGGGGGCACGCUACCGAGUCUCGUUCCCAAAUUAACGACAACAAACCUAAAACAGAAAUACCAGAGAAAACGCAACAGGAAUAUGGUGUUAAUAGUGUGGGAAUGGCCUUUUCAUUGAAUGAGGAAAUCGAAGCCAUGGCUGCCAUUUAUGGGGAAGAGUGGUGUGUUAUAGAUGAUUGCGCGAAAGUAUUCUGUAUUAGAAUCAGCGACGACAUAGAUGACCCAAAAUGGACACUUUGCUUGCAGGUGAUGUUACCGAGUGAAUACCCAGGUACAGCGCCACCUAUUUAUCAGUUGAAUGCUCCUUGGCUGAAAGGGCAAGAACGUGCAGACUUAUCAAACAGCCUUGAGGAAAUAUACAUACAGAAUAUUGGUGAAAGUAUUCUUUACCUGUGGGUGGAGAAAAUAAGAGAUGUUCUGAUACAGAAAUCCCAGUUGACAGAGCCAGGCCCAGAUGUAAAGAAAAAAACUGAAGAGGAAGAUGUUGAAUGUGAAGAUGACCUCAUUGUAGAACAUCAGCGAGCAAAUGCAGUUAAAACCGUAGACUUCAACAUCAGUGAACAUGUACCAGAAAUAGAAGAACUGCCUCCAGUUGACCAUGGCGUUCCUAUCACAGACCGAAGGAGCACUUUUCAGGCCCAUGUGGCUCCCGUAGUCUGUCCUAAGCAGGUGAAAAUGGUUCUUGCCAAAUUGUAUGAGAAUAAGAAAAUAGCCAGUGCCACCCACAAUAUCUAUGCCUAUAGGAUAUACUGUGAGGACAAGCAGACCUUCUUGCAGGACUGUGAGGAUGAUGGAGAGACAGCUGCUGGAGGCCGUCUUCUUCACCUCAUGGAGAUUUUGAAUGUGAAGAAUGUCAUGGUGGUGGUGUCCCGUUGGUAUGGAGGAAUUCUGCUCGGACCUGAUCGUUUCAAACAUAUCAACAACUGUGCCAGGAACAUACUGGUGGAGAAGAACUUCACAAGUUCACCUGAGGAGUCAUCUAAGAGUUUGGGAAAGAAGAAAGUAAAAAAAGACAAGAAGCGGAGUGAGCAUUAAUCUUGAAACUGUAUGAAAGAUUAAUUUCCGAGUCAUUGUGUACACAUUCCCAGUGGUUAACGAAUACAUGAAGACGGCCACUUGACAGCUCCAGUCAGCCAGUUCACCGUGGACACCAGCGUUAUGUUUCCUUCCUUGGUUCUAUCAUUUGCCAAAAACAGAGAAUUUAGGAUUAUUCACAAGUGUUUCUGACUUGUGUGGAACUGAUAUGAGCUUAGUCACCAUUUCCUAUAACUCUUGGAAGGUGGCAGAUGCAGGGCAGUUACCUGAGCUAACUGUCCAUUUCAGUUCAUGUCAAGUGCCUUUGUUUGGCAGGGAAGACGUGUCUUCAGAAGACUAAAUGCCUGAUUUCUUGUGAUAGGUAUUCUCACACCAUUAAAUGAACAGGCUUUUACUGCUCCUGUAGCUUCUCAGAGCGGGGCUCAGUGAAGACUGCAGCCAUGGAGAAUCUUUCCUUGUGAUUUCACAAGCUUGUCACUUAUCAUCUUAUAGUGUUUAUCAUGGAGUAAUAGUAAGUGAAAAUCCAGGAGUAUCCAUCUGUGAUUAUGUGCCAAAGUGGACAUUCCACAUAUCUGCUAGCCCAGUUGUUAGUCCUCCCUUUUGUUGAAAAUUGUUUUUUGUGAAAUUUCAAAAAGUGAUUUUUUUUUUUUAGUCUCUGCCUUUUAUUAAUUCCUGUAAUGAAACAGUGAGUGUUGAGUCUCGGGAGUCCUUCCAUCCCUUAAGUGUGGUGAGGUAACAAACAUUACAGUGUCUCUGAACAACCUGGGAGUCUCUUCCUUGUGUCCUUCCCUGGGCUGUGGCCAACAGGACACUUCAGUAAGGUGAGGUGGCAGAACACCACUGGUGCAGGGAGAGCUGGGCUAGUCUGUGCACACUUGCAGGGGAGAGCUGGGCGAGUCUGUGCACACUUGCAGGGGAGAGCUGGGCGAGUCUGUGCAUACUUACAGGGGAGAGCUGGACUAGUCUGUGCACACUUGCAGGGGAGAGCUGCGCUAGUCUGUGCACACUUGCAUCUGUGUCUAGACAGUUUUUUAGUUCCAUGAUUUUUGUUGAGAGAUGGAGGGACUAAUGUUUUAAUUAGGAAAAACAAAUUCUUUCCCUCCAAAUUCUUGGCAAAUCUCCCCUUUAACAGUGUUUUAUUUAUUUAUGUUUCACCUGCAUGUUCCUUGUAAGGAAAAAGACAGAGAGAGUCCCUUUGAGAUGUAGGUAAGUUGUACACCGUUAUCUAUCAGAUGUAAUGCCAGCAGUUACUAAGUUCAUCAAGUGAUCACAGGCCUGUUUGACUCCCUCCCAAGGAAGGGACCAGAAUGAAAUUAGGAAGAAGCUUUGGGAUGACACCGGAAUGUGGAACAUCUGAGAGUGGGCAGAUGUUCUUCUCUGACCUUUAACCCUGGAAGCUCCACAUCCUCACUUGGUAUUUUAAGUAGGAAUCCAGGAGCCAGCUUUACACUAGAGUGGGUUCUGAGACAGAAGUCUUAUUUUCAACAUUAUUUAAUGUUGUACCUUAUCGAGAACUAUAGGAUAACCUAUAUGUGUGUAUUUGGAGCACUUACCUCUGUUUCCAUGAAAUGCUGAGUAUAUCCUAUGUAUUAACUGUUACGGAACUUAGACAUUAUUUGCUAAAGAUAAUUUCACAAUAUUGACAUUUCAGACCUGUGAAAAGCGAUAAAAACACUAAAAUUUAUGCUGCAGGAGGAAGGAGUAAUUUUCCCAGCACACUAAUUUUGAGUUUCUUUCCUGGUGUUUUGUCUAAAAUGUAUUAGUGUUUACAGAAGACAAAACAUUUUUUUUUAUAUCUGUGAUCUCAUUUCCUUCACUUAAAAUGUUUUCUUCAUUUUACAAGAUUACUAACCAUACUUUGUAGGUUGAGCUCCUUAACCUUCUUCAUUGCAGGAGGGAGGAGAGAUCCCAAAUUCUUCAGUUCUAACUCCUGAAAUUAUGUAUUUCACUCUUACCAUCAAUGCAAAAUAAUGGUAGCAUAUUUUUCUCUAUUAAAAUAGAGAAAAAUCAUAUGUAGAGAAUUUUCUAGUUCUCCAGAUAAUAACUUUCUAUAGCCAGGUGUUUGCUGUGGUGUUCUCUAUAUUAUAUUAGUUACAAUUUUCUUCACAUGCUGGUAUAUAAAAGCAAGUAGCAUCUACCUUAAUGGGCAUAGCAGUAGCUGCAUGAAGGAGAUGUUUGGAAGGACAUUAAUUAGUUCCAACGAAGCACAGAACAGAUGAAGCAGAUACUGUGUGGAGGGCAGGUUGAAUGAUAUUGGGAAAAUUGUAACCACAUCCAGUCCACUAAAGAGAUGACAAUAAAUGGUGUAUACAGUUCUUAUUUUUUCUUAUGCAUGAUUUUGUAUAUAUGGCUAUUUUUCUUUCCAUUAAAAUGAUAUUAAAGUAUAUAUACUGUUUUUUAUCCUACACAUUUCAUAUAGAAGUAUAUUGUUAACAUUUUCCCAUAUCAAUAAAUAUUCUUCUAUGGCUUAA